AUGCUGGAGAGAACGGCGGCGACCCUGGAAUCAUGCACCAGUCUUCAUGCUCUUCCAUCCGCCGUGCGACAACUUAGAAGCCAGCGCAGGUUGCACACCGGCUUCUGGCAGCAUGGCGCCGCGGCCAUAGAUAUCUCCAGCUACUUGCUGGCUGCGCGUUUCCAUGCUACCGAGCAACUCACCUACUCCGAUCCGCCGCCAACGCCUCCCGAAACCCUCGCCGCCUCGACCUUUCUUCUCGACUUUCUCUACCCCAGCGGAACCGCCUCCUUCUUACGCAGAGCCUCUCCAGGCCUUCCUCACGAUCACCUGGCGUCCAUUCGACGGCUUCCACGGCGGUCUAGACCAUUCACCUCUUCCACGGUUGCGACUUCCACAAAAGACUCUGACUCGCCAGGGGCAUUGUCAACGAACUGGGGAGAAGGAUCUGCUGUGCAAGACCAGCGGUACGAAUACCAGCAAGAUGUAGAUCCGGCCGAGGAAGACGAAGAAGAUGACUACGACAUAACCAGCUCGCAUGAUACGCAUAGCGGUCCGUCAUACGCCGGCGCCGGGUCGCGGCCGCAACUGAUGAGGGAGCUGAUGGCCGACAAAGACACGGAGUACUUUGGGUCCAUAUGGCAGCUCUACUCGCAGUUGGAGCCGAGUCUGCAACCAGAGUUUCGGCCCGAGAUCAUUGAAUACCUGUAUUGGUCCGCCAAUGUGAUCGAUGCGCGAAGGGUCGUUCUCUUGUUCCCCCAAAUCGACGACAGUCAGUGGACCACAUUGGCCUUGACAUCAGUUGUCACGGCAUAUCUACGCCUGGGUCGAGAGACCGAAGCGUUGCGGCUAUACCACACGGCGCUGGACGAAAAGGCUUUCGUGUGCGGUCUGGACGAGCUGCUGGGUCAUUUCUUUGCAAAGGGCGAUUGGAAAACCGUCAGUCGGGUUUGGUCAUCGUAUCACACGGUGUACCUCGCCAAAGGCAUCAACUGCGGAAAGUUGACGCAGCUUGCAGCAACUCCCAACCUCGGGGCCCUUGCCAUGAGCUUCGCCAAGGAGGUCGAGGCGCAAGAACCAGAAGUAGCGCAGAGACUCAGAAUCUUGCUCAACAAGGCGGUCAGGCGUGCAAUCCAGCAACCAUGCAAGCCCAAAGAAGCAUUGCCUCUGCUCAAACUCAUCGAAAAGGACCAGAGCAAGUGGUUCAACAUUUAUCUCUCGGAAGCCAUGGCACGAGGACAACAAGAGGGGUUGGCCAAGGUGUACCGUGUGUACCGGUCAUUUCCCAAGGUGAGACCACACUGGAGAAUUCUCCAUGGCAUGUUUGAUAUCUUUUACCCAGACAAUGUCGCGGGCCUCGAGCAGGUCUACGAAGACUACCAUACCAGCUACGGGGGACUGGACCGUUGGGGGUUCAGGAAGUUCCUCAAGUACUACGCAUCACGAGGCGACGUCAAGUCUCUGGAGCGUUUGUGGGACAACUAUGUCGGCGCCUACCGUCACCGCCACGUCCUUCGGGAGCCAGAAACAUUCAACUACGUCAUCAACGCCUAUGCGAACCUCCAGGACUACAAGAGCGCACGUCGAUUCUUUGACGAGAUGAUAGAAAAGCAUGGCGUGAUACCAAAUACUGAAAGCUGGAAUCAGCUUCUCAAGAGCGCCUGUGCGAACUACGACCUCGCCAUGUCAGUGUUUGAAGAGCUCUGCGAGAACGUAUCACCCGACAAGUAUUCUUUUGCUACCAUCAUGUCCACCUCUUCGACAGACGGAGACAUCGCAAAGACCUUGCAGCUUCUCGAGAAAGCGAAAUCGCUAGGCAUCGAGCCGGACGCCACCAUGCUUGAGAGGGUCAUCCGGGCCUACUCUUGGCAUGACCGGACGAGAGCCAUGUUGUCAGUUUGUCUCGAUGCGCACGCCAACAACGUUCCGGGCGACCACGGCAUCCUUUGGAACGCUCUUUUGCGGUCUCAAGCGAAUCGCCGCAAUCUGCCUGCUGUCGCUCGUGACUUGGAGGCCAUGGCGAAGCAAGGCGUCAAGUGGACGCCCAAAACCCAUACACAGCUGCUCCGCGCCUUGGUCCGCUGCGGGCAAACACAAAUGGCGUACAGGCUGCUGCGUUCGGCUGCCUUUGAGAAAUCGUUCAAAGUGGUUCCAGACCAUUUUGAGACCGUCGUGCAGGCUGCCCUGGACGAUCGCCAUUUGGGCCUAGCUCGCAAGGUGACGAAGCAGUUGCGACGAUACAAGACAAAGUCGGUCAAGGGUCGCAUUGCCCAGGCCCGGAUCAUGAUCAAGCAGCAGUUGUUUGCUUACAAUCAAGAUGAAAACAACGUUGACGGCAUGGAGGAGUUGAUGACAUAUAUUCGGGAGCUGGCCAACAAAGCGGACCAUGAACGGAGUGGCUCCUCGAUACGGCGCGCCGAUUCCUUGCACCGCCUGCGCGUUCUGCUUGAUGAGGCCAUCCGGCUCUUCGCUGCGUAUCGCGAUUACGACGCCGUCAGAGAACUCCAACAGCUACAGAGGGACAACACUGCAGCCACGACCAGUUCCGUCAACAAUGAAACUCCUGUCGAGUGGCUAUACUAUACGAUGAAGGAGGAUGCAUCCAACAAGAAGUACGAAGAGGCUCUGGCAACGUGGAGACAAAUAUAUGACAGGGUCUUGGCCAUUGCUCGUCCAGCCGAAUGGGGGGGUAAUCGGAGAGCGGUUCUGCCGCGGCACCGUUACCGUCUUUCCAAGCCGUUUGAGACCUUUACACAGGUAUGUGUGGAGCUACAGAGCAGGACGCGACUGAAGAGGGGCUUUGAGAAGCUACUUGUGUCGGGCUUCAUGUUGGAGCGCCGGGCCUUUAACCUUCUGGUCCAGGGCCUCGCCCGCACGGGAGCUUGGAUGGACGCCUGCAAGGUAUGCGAGGAGUACCUGAUGCUGAGAUGGACGGGCUGGCAGCAGAAUCGCAUACGCGCGCAAGUCAAGAGGAACCUACCGCUCGUGACGCGUCGCGUUCAGAGCUCGUCGCAAGUGCUACGCCCGACAUCGUACACCAUCAUCCUCCUAUCCAAGGAAUACUAUGAGCUGCGACGCACAGCCAUGUGGUCGGGCGAGGCGGCGCGCAAAUUCAACACCUUUAAGGAGCUGUGUCCGCGCCUGGAGGAUGCACUCAGGAGAAUGGUGUACACGGGCGUAGGUAUCGAAAAGGAGCUCUAUGGCACCCAAAAGAGGUUCGUGGAGGCGCGGGCCGAAGAGGUGCUCUCGGUAGUGGAUGAGGGAGGCACCCUUGGCUCGCAGACGGAGUCUCUGUCGUUUACCAUGGGCGGUGUCACGAUUGACGGUCUGCGGACCCGGAUGUUAUUGGUGCCCUCCCUUCCUCAGGAUCCAUCAUCGUCAGCGCAAGCGCCCGAGGCUUCACUGAUAAUCACGAGCGGAGUGACUAUCGACGGCCUGCGGACUCAGGGUUCGUCGUCGUCGGUGCCUCGCGUGGAAGAUGUUGGCUCUCAACCUGAGAGCACUUUGUCGGCGCAACAGCCUGAGCAUUCAUCAAUGACUACGGGUGGAAUUACUAUCGACGGCCUGCGGCCCCGGGGUUCGUCGGCAGUGUCCGACUGA